AUGGGUUGUGGCUCGAGUAAGAAUAAGGGAGAUGAGACGGAGAUGUCGAGGCCGGCGCAGACCGGAGGAAGCGCGCCGCCGGGUCCUACGCAUGCCGUCAGAAAUGAGCCCGGAGCUCAAGGUGCUGCGCAGUCGGGGUCAACAGAGAAGAAACCGACAAAUCCGGAUAAUCCUAUCGUGUUCUUUGAUAUCACAAUUGGAGGACGCAAUGUUGGCCGCGUGCAGAUGGAGCUGUACCUAGACGUUGUUCCCGCAACUGCGGAGAACUUCCGCCGAUUCUGUACCAAUGAGGCAGAUGUUGGAGGCUACAAAGGCAGCACGUUCCAUCGUGUGAUCCCUUCCUUCAUGAUCCAAGGCGGCGACUUUCUGAACGGCGAUGGAACCGGUAGCGCCACCAUCUUCGGCAGCGAAUCUUUCGACGACGAGAACUUCAACCUUAAGCAUACCCGUCCUGGACUUCUGAGCAUGGCUAAUUCCGGUCCGAACACUAAUGGUUGCCAAUUCUUCAUCCUGACUGAUAUGACUCCUCAUCUGGAUGGAAAGCAUGUUGUGUUCGGAGAUGUGAUUGAUGGGAUGAAAGUCAUUAGAGAGAUCGAGAAUACUCCGACGGGACCUGGGGAUAGGCCGGUUAACGAUGUUGUCAUCAGCAACUGUGGGCAGAUAUCUGGGACAAAAGUGAACUGA